UCGUCGGGAAAAAACAAACGAGGCCCAGGAGAAAAUCUGUUAUUUACAAACAAAACGAAAGCUCUUGUCCAACUUCCAAGCACGCGACUCAAACCCGACAGGCGAACCUCAAUUCCCUAGAACAGCCAGAAUUAAUUAAUUGUCUUUGUUGGGGAUUGCAACUACAGAUUCUGUUCAACGUAACAUAUGAUGGAAUGAUCGAUGAGAAUGUCCAUAUCCCGAUUAGGCCUAUACUGUUUGUUUCUGCACGUCUUCAUCCUUGGGAUCUCGGCUAUCAGGAAGGAUGUGGGCUUUCUUCAGAAGCAGUUUUGCAGAAAUACAGUCCAAGGAAGAUACUUACUGUCUGAUGAUAAUGGCCAUGUCUGUGACGCACUGUCAGUAAAUCCUCAGUCUCGCUGCUGCCCUGAAAAAGGAGACAAGUUCUCUUGUCAUGGUUGCAAUGUUGUCUCAGAGUGCUGUAGUUCUUAUGAGUAUUGCGUUUCGUGUUGUCAAGAUCCUUCAAGGAUAAUAAAGGAACAAGUACUGGAAGUGAAGAUUGCCAAGCCAGCUUCUGCAGGGAAAUAUUCCAGUGUUUUUGAUUUCUGUUCUGGAAGGUGCCGGCAUAAUUCUGAGAGUGUGGUUCACGAAAAUGCUUACCGUAGUGAUUUCCAUCACUGUUUUUCUCUGCCUUCAAAUUCUUCAGCUGUGAAUUAUACGUUUUUAGAAGCCAGACUGAAUGGCAUUAAUGUUCUUGUUGGAAGGCAAGGUGAAUCCUGCGACUUGGUUUGCAAGUCAAAGGGACAGUCAUGUGUUCCAAAUAAGCUUUUGGUACUUAAUCAGUGUGACAUUAUCCAGAGAUAUAUGAGCUGCAAGGGAACUUGCCUGGCCAGUAUUGGAUCAGAUCAACCUGCCGAAGUUGUCGAUGACGCUCCUGAACAUUUGAAUCCUGGAGCAUGCUUGUAUACCCAAACACAAUCCAUGCUUUCUUGUUAUGGUUCACAUCAGCAUACAAGGAGACUUUGCCCUUGUGCAUAGAUCAUUAUCAGAAUUUCCACCGAUGUCCCAGGCAUGAGCUAUGAUGAUGUAUCUUUGUUGCCUCAUUUCUCCAAAUUGGCAUUCCGUUGUGUGGUUUGAUGCAUUAUAUGUACUGCAGUUGCUAGAUUAUUGCUCAUUGUAAGUUCUACUGUCAUGGCAUCGGAGGAUGAGGGCAUAUCAGCUUGUCAUUCUGUUCCUACAUGGCUUCAAGCUCUCCGUCAUGGAUCACAUUCGUGCAUGUUCUAUGGAAAUGUAUAAAAUUUAGUUGAACAUUGUGCAGAUAAAGCAGUCAUUGGGAAACAAUUUCACUGCUAGAUUGAAAUCCACUUUAACCGAUUAUGAAACUUCUUUUCAGACCAUAGUUGAGGCUAGAAUGGGUGAAUCAGGCGAUACUAGGAAGUUUAAGGGUUCAUACUUCAGACCACAAUUAUGCGUUGCAUAAUCAAAAUGCAUAGGCUGCUUAGUUAUUUUUCAUCAAGUUUUAAAGAUUUUGUGUGGACACCUAUGUUAACAAUUACAUAUAUUAAAGAGAAGAUUUGAGGGAA